UUUGCUCCGCCCAUACUUGGCGCCCGCCUAUGGCUGCGCCGCACAGCUGCGAUCUCUGGCUCCGCCUCCUCCGCGCGCGUUCCCGCUGGCCCCGCCCCAGGCGCCGCCGGUGACGGGCGGUUGGAGCGCGCCCCCUUGCCCCCCCCCCCCCCGCCCCCCAUGGCGGUCCCCGUGCUGGGAGCCCUCCUGCUGGUGCUGCUGGUGCUGCUGGGCGGCCUCUGCCUGGGCAGGUGGCUCCUCUACAUACUGAUCACCAACUGGUGCCGGAGGCGACUCCAAGCCGAGUUGAAGAUCCAGUCCUUCUGGGUGUUUGGGAUCCAAAACCUCAGCCUGAAGUUUCCAGAGGAGCAGCAGACGGUGGAGAUCGACAGCAUCUGGAUCUCCAGCAGGCUCCUGAACCAGGAUGUGCCGCGCUACCUGGCCCUGUGCUUUGGAGAGGUGCGCAUCCGACUGGAUCUGCAGAAGUCCCCCCACCUGCGGCCCCCCAGCCCUUCGCCCCCCGACCCUGCUGAGGGGCCCCAAGAAGAGGCACUCUCCCUGGGGCCCUCCCUGCUGCAGCUGCUCAGCCAGCUCUGCUCCUUCCACCUGGACUCGGUCAACGUGAUGGUGCUGCACGUGGCGGCCUCGGAGUCCCUGUGGCACGUCCAGGUGUCCCGCUCCCAGGUCCUGCUGGGCUGUGAGGGCAGGAGGGUGGCCUGCGAGCUGAAGUGCGGCCAGGUGAACAGCAAGGUGCUGAAGAGCAGCCAGCAGGACGACGCCUGCCUGGCCGAGCUCUCCCUGGCCCUCUCCGUCUCGCUGGACGUCAGCCUGGGCAAGCAGCAGCUGGAGAGCGUGGCCCUGGGGGUCUGGAGCCUCCAGGCCGAGCUGCACGAGGGGCUCUUCCACAGCGAGCUGCUGCAGCGCAUGGGCGGCAGUCCCCGGAGGGGGGCAGAUUCCCCGAAGGCUCUGGCCGGCCUGAAGUACAUCCCCUCUCGGCUGAAGGUGGACUUGGAGACCACCAACCUGGUCCUCUCCAUGAACAGCCAGAAGAGGCACCUCACCUGGACCCUCAAGCGGCUGCAUUUCGCCCACCAGUGUGAUGAGGAGCAGAUCCCCCUCCGGAGCUUCACCCCCACCUGUGACCUGCCCCAGAUGAGCCUCGAGCUGGUGCUGGAAGACGGGCUGCUGCUGUCGCAAAGCCGCCAACGCAUCGUGUGCCUCAACCUGUUGAAGGCCAGCCUGCAGGUCAUGGCCAUCGACAUCUCGGUGGCCGUCAUGGUCAGCACCUGCCUCGUCCACUACCGGCACCAGGAGUUCUCCCACUGGCUGGGCCUGCUGGCCUCGGCGGAGCAGAGCCCCGGGUGGCCCCUCUCGGCUGGGGGGCCCGGCAGCAGGAUGCCACAGAUCCUGGCCACCAUCAUCCUCAGCGCUUCGGUCUCCAACGUCAACCUCUCGGUCCAGCUAGGAGACACACCGCCAUUCGCCCUGGGCUUCAACUCCAUCUCCGUGGAUUACCAGCACCUGCGUCCUCAGAGCGUCCACCAGCGGGCCGUGCUGGCCGUUGACCACUUCUGCUGGCGGGUGGGGGCGGACUCGCACAUCCAGAGGGCCCCCCACCCACCGAACAUGCAUGUCUGGGGAGAAGCUUUCAUCCUGGACUCCUUCAACCUGCAGGGCAGCUACAACCAGCCUCUGGGGACGUCCAGCACCCAUGCGGACACCCUCUUCCUGGAUUGCACCUUGCGGGGGCUGCAACUGGAAUCCUCGGACGCCUGCGCCGACUGCCUUUCCCGGCUGCUGCUGCUCUUGCGGCCUCAGGAGCCUCUCCCCCCAAUGCCCCCGGAGGAGCUGCCCCCCACCCUGGGGGAGGAAUUUGGGGUGCUUUGGAAGGUGGACCUGAAGGUGGAAGACGUCAACCUCUUUACGCUGUCCAGCUUGGCAGGGGCCACAGAGCUUCGGGUGGACACCUUGACCACGCUGGGCAGUGCCGAGAGCUGCACCAUCAGCAUCCAGGGGGUGGCGCUGUCCCUGGUCAAGAGCCUGGCGGAGAAGAUGCAGCCCUGUUGCAAAGCCCCCGCCAUCCCCAGCCCCGUGGCUGGCCUGGCCGCCGUCUGCCUCACCUACCGCAGCAGCAUCCGCUCUCUGGAGGUGCAAUGCGGGGAGAACCUGACGCUGCUCUGGAGCCCGGCCACCCACAUGUACCUCUUCGAGCAUUUGCUGGCCACCCGCCGCUGCUUCGACACGCUGCAGAGCUUGCUGUCGCCCCCCAAACCCUCCUCGGCUGCCCUUCCCCAGCAGGCCCCCGAAGGCCGGCCCCCUGCCCAGGACGGGGCCCCCUUCCACGAGGGCUCGGCCCCCCAGAGGCUGCUGGGGCUGACCCUGGAGCUCAGCUCCCUGAAGGUGACGGCCUUCGUGUCGGAGAGCCGCUACCUGAGCCUGGCGGCCGAGCGGGUUAUGCUCAGCCGGCACGGGCCCUCCCUCCACGCCUACUGCCCCGGACUGGUGGCCAGCUUUGACGGCAACAGCAUCCUGGUCCUGAAGGAGGUGGAGCUGCAGGCCCAGCCAGAGCUGGAGGAGAUGAUCCUGCACCGUGGUCCCUUCCCCUCCCUCUGCACGCUGCGCAACCGCGUCUGGGCCCUCUCCUGCGCCGGCGUGGCAGUGGAGUUCCCCUACCAGUACGACUUCUCGGCCACCUUAGACGAGGCGCUGGGCGUGCAGAAGUGGCUGAGGGGGCUCCACGGGGGGAAGGCGGCUGCUGACAGGACCCCCUCCCACCCCUUGCCCCCCGACCUGCUGCUGAAGGUCCAGCACUUCUCCUGGGUCUUCCUGGACGACGUCUUCGAGGUGAAGCUGCGCGACAACUACGAGCUGAUGAAGGACGAGAGCAAGGAGAGCGCCAAGCGGCUGCACCUGCUGGACGCCAAGGUGGCUGCCCUGCGCAAGCAACACGGGGAGCUGCUGCCCGCCCGGAAGAUCGAGGAGCUCUACGCCUCCCUGGAGAAGAAGAACAUCGAGAUCUACCUGCAGCGCUCCCACCGGCUCUACGCCAACACGCCCAUGCGCAAGGCGCUGAUCACCUGGACCAUGGGCGGCUUGGAGCUGGUGGCCCUGGCGGACGAGGCCUUCUCCGGGGCCGAGCGGGUGCUGCAGCAGAUCCGGCACAUGGACGCCGCCAGCCCCUUCCCCCCCGAGGGCCUGGAGCUCCUCACCCACUGGUGCCGCAUGGUCAAGGGGAGCGUCAAGACCUUCUUCGUGCGGAUCCGGGACUACCCCCGUUAUUUAUUCGAGAUCCGGGACUGGGGACUGUCGGGCCGGCUGGCCGGUGCGGAGACCCCCGGGCAGCCCUGCUCUCGCCGGCGUCAAAAGCUGGAGCUGGGGGCCCCGUGGGGCCCGGUGACGGUGGAGAGGAACAUGCCACCCUUGAAGUUCUACCACGACUUCUGCUCUGAGGUCUACCAGUUCACCAUCGUCUGGGGGCCGUGCUGGGACCCCGCCUGGACCCUGAUCGGACAGGCCAUCGACCUGCUGACCAAGCCCUCGGAAGACCCCAGCCCGCCCCUCCCCUGGUGGGACAAGAGCCGCCUCCUGCUGCACGGAGACUGGCACAUGGACAUCGAGCAGGCCGGCCUCCACCAGGUGGCCACGGAGGACCCCUACAACACCACGGAGAACCUGCACUGGGAGUGGAGCCGCCUGGCCUUUCACUGGCGUCCCGGCCAGUUCGUCUUCAAGGGAGAUCUGGACGUCAACGUCCGGACGGCCUCCAAGUACGAUGACUGCUGCUUCCUGCACCUGCCCCAGCUGUGUAUGACCCUGGACCUGACCUGGCUGUGCCACGGAAACCCCCACGACCACCACAGCGUGGUGCUGCGCUCCCCGGAGUUCCUGCCCGAGGUGCCCGUCGGGCAGCAGUACGACUCCUACCGCGCCUUCCGCUCCGAGAACCUCAACCUGGCCAUCCGCAUGGACCUCACGCGGCCCAGUGGCGGUGAUCGAGGACCACCUGUAACUACCACCACCCCAUGCCCUGCUGGGCAGAAGAGCCCCGAAGUGCAGGGGGGGGGGCUGCCCCACGUGGUCCCAGAGUGCCUUGCAGUAACUUCCUCCCCUCCUCCCUUCCAGAUGGUUCUCCGGGGGGCCGAGACGGAGGGCUGCGUGAUCGUCUCGGCGGGCAAAGCCCAGCUGCUCCAGUGCCACCACCACCCGGCCUGGUACGGGGACACCCUCAAGCAGAAGACCUCCUGGACGUGCCUGCUGGAUGGCAUGCAGUAUUUCGCCACCACCGAGAGCAGCCCCUCCGAGCGGGAGGAUGUGCAGCUCUGGCUGGAGGUCAAGAACAUUGAGGAGCACCCUCAACGCAGCCUGGACUCCGUGCAGGAGCUGAUGGAGAGCGGUCAAGCCGUGGGCGGCAUGGUCAGCACCACCACAGAUUGGAACCAGCCGCACGAGGUGCAGCCCACGCAGCAGGUGCAACGCAUCAUUUCGCGCUGCAGCUGCCGCAUGUACUACAUCAGCUACAGCCACGACGUCAACCCUGAGUUGGCCACGCAGAUCAAACCGCCGGAACUGCCCGCGAACCCCGAGAAAGACGACCUCCUCAAGAAGCAGGAAGGGGCCGUGGACACCUUCACGCUGAUCCACCAUGACCUGGAGAUCUCCACCAACCCGGCCCAGUACGCCAUGAUCCUUGACAUUGUCAACAACCUCCUGCUCCACGUGGAGCCCAAGCGGAAGGAGCACAGUGAGAAGAAGCAGCGAGUGCGAUUCCAGCUGGAGAUCUCCAGCAACCCGGAGGAGCAGCGUAGUAGCAUCCUCCACCUUCAGGAGGCCGUCCGUCAACACGUGGCCCAGAUCCGGCUGCUGGAGAAGCAGAUGUACUCGGUCAUGAAGUCCUUGCAAGACGACGGGCGGAACGAGGCGUUGCUGGAGCACAACCAGAAGCUGCAGCAGCAGCUGAGCCAGGAGAAGGCCACGUUGCAGCAGGAGAGCGAGGACCUCAACAUCCUAAUCAGGUGCUUUAAGGACUUCCAGCUGCAGAGGGCCAACAAAAUGGAGCUGCGCAAACAUCUGGAGGACGUCAGCGUGGCUCGCCGGACCGAGUUCUACUUCGCCCAGGCCCGCUGGCGUUUGACCGAAGAGGACGGGCAGCUGGGUAUCGCAGAGGUGGAGCUGCAACGCUUCCUCUACAGCAAGAUAAACAAGUCGGAUGACACGGCCGAGCAUCUCCUGGAGCUGGGCUGGGUGACCAUGAACAACCUCCUGCCCAACGCCGUCUACAAGGUGGUUCUCCGGCCGCAGAGCGCCUGCCAGUCGGGACGCCAGCUGGCCCUGCGGAUUUUCAGCAAGGUCCGACCGCCAGUGGGCGGCAUUUCCAUCAAGGAACACUUAGAGGUCAACGUGGUACCACUGACCAUCCAGCUGACCCACCAGUUCUUCCACCGCAUGAUGGGCUUCUUCUUCCCCGGACGCAACGUGGAGGAGGAGGAGGUGGGCGACGAAGAGGACAAGUCGAAGCUGGUGACCACGGGGAUGCCGGUGGUGAAGCCGCGGCAGCUGAUGGUCUCCGAAGACUCGCUGGGCUCUGGGAAGGGCCAAGGGCUGAAUCGGACCUCGGGGGUCAGGCGCUCCUUCCGCAAAACACCUGAGUACCCGGUGGACGACAUUGAGAAGAUGAAGGAACGGGCGGCCAUGAACAACUCCUUCAUCUACAUCAAGAUCCCCCAGGUGCCCCUCUGCGUCAGCUACAAGGGAGAGAAGAACAGCGUGGACUGGGGGGAGCUCAACCUGGUGCUGCCGUGCCUGGAGUACCACAACAACACCUGGACGUGGCUGGACUUUGCUAUGGCGGUCAAGCGGGACAGCCGGAAGGCCCUGGUGGCCCAGGUCAUCAAAGAGAAGCUGCGCCUGAAGCCCGCGGUGGGCACGGAGUCCCGGGGGAGGCAGGAGAGCAAGCUGGAGGGGCCGGUGGUGCAGCAGCAGGAGGAGGAUGAGAAGGCCCGGCUGCUGAUCGGCCUGAGCGUGGGCGAGAAAAACCCGGGCAAGAAGUCCAUCUUCAGCCGGCGCAAGUGAGGCCGCGGGGCCUGCCAGCAGGGAGACCAGGACGGCCGGGGCGGGGGGUGCUCUCGGCGGGAGGCCCUGUUGGCCGGGCGCUGGACGGAGACCGAAUGGGCCCCGAGGGCCCCAGGCGUGUGUGGGACCAGGCCCUGGAGAGCAUUGGGGAGUCCUCCGAAGGCCAGGCGGUGGGGAAGGGAAGGGAGAGUUUAAAUAACAGAGUUUAUCAUUUGGA